GAGUCAGGUCUUAGGGGAGGAGGGAAGAGGAUGUCUUGAUCAGGAAACUAAAUCUAACAUUCAUAGGAACCAAAGCUACCAGAAGUGGAAGCAGUUCUCUCUUUCAGGAGGAAAAUAAAUCAAUUUUUUUUAACAAAUAGUCUGAAAGACAGAAACCACAGCAAGGAAUGGCCUCUGCUAAAACAUCCUGUACUGAAGAUAACCUUUUAUGUUCCAUCUGUCUGGAUGUGUUCAGAAACCCAGUUUCUACACGAUGUGGACACAACUUCUGCAGAACCUGUAUUACAAAGUUCUGGGAUAAAAAACAAAACUACAAUUGUCCUACUUGCAACCAUCUGUUCCAAACUAGACCUGAUCUACAGGUCAAUACCCUCUUAUCAGAGAUGGCCGCUCAGUGUAGAACAUCCGUACAAGUAAAAGUACAGCCAUGUGUUGAACCAGGAGAAGUUCCCUGUGACGUCUGUACAGGGACCCAGCUGAAGGCCGUGAAGUCCUGCCUAGUGUGUCUUAUCUCUUACUGCCAAACCCACCUGGAGCCACAUCAGAGAGUCGCAGGCCUGAAGAAACAUCGGCUGGUCGAGCCUACGGACCGUCUGGAAGACAGAAUGUGUAAGAAACACAAUCAACUACUGGAGCUCUUUUGCAUGAAUGACCAGGUUUGUGUGUGUCAGAUCUGCACAGAGACAGACCACAGGUUCCAUCAUGCUGUACCUCUAAAGGUGGAACAUGAAGUGAAGAUGGCCAAGCUGGGGAAGAUGGAGGCUGAAGUUCAGCAGAUGGUCCAGGAGAGAAAACAAAAGAUUGAGGAGAUUAAAGACACAGUCAAACGCAGCAAAGCAGACGCAGAAAGAGAGAUAGCGGGAAGUGUGCAGGUCCUCACUGCUCUGAUGCGCCAAAUUGAAAAGUGCCAGGAGGAUCUCAACCAAAUGGUUAAAGAGAGACUGAAAGACACAGAGAAACAAGCAGAAGACCUCAUCAAAGAGCUUGAGCAGGAAAUAGAAGAUCUGACCAAUAGAAGCUCAAAAGUGAAGCCGCUCUCACACACUGAAGACCACUUCCACUUCCUCCAGGCCUUCAGAUCCCUGAAGAAUCCUCCACCCACCAGGGACUGGAUGACAGUGGAGGUCCGUCCUCCGUCAUACGUAGGGACUUUGAGGAGAUCCCUGGAUCAGCUGGAGGAGACACUGAGCAUGGAGAUGAAGAAGCUGCCUGAUGGUGAACUGAAGAGUGUCCAGCAGUAUGAAGUAGAUGUUACUCUGGAUCCUGAUACAGCCCAUCCCAGGCUCAUCCUGUCUAAAGAUGGGAAACUAGUACGUGAUGGAGUUGUAGGGAAGGAAGUCCCAGACAACCCUAAGAGAUUUACAAAGUAUAUACAUGUUCUCACGAGGCAGAGCUUCUCCUCAGGGAGAUUUUACUUUGAGGUCCAGAGUAAAGACAAGACUGCAUGGUAUAUAGGAGUGGCCAGAGAGUCCAUCGACAGAAAAGGUGAGAGCUUAAUGACCCCUGAGACGGGUUACUGGUCUCUUUUCUUGGAUGGAUGGAAGAAGGGUUUGGUAUUUACUGAUUUCCCGCCUGUCCGUGUCCCUCUGAGAGCUGAGAUCCAGAAGGUGGGGGUGUUUGUUGAUUAUGAUGAGGAGCUGAGGCCUGGUUCAGGUAGCUGGUUUAACAUACUCCGAGUUUAAUCCUGCGCUCUGAGUUGGUUGACUCAGAGUUCAGGGUUGAAAAGCAACUCUGGGUUUUCGGUUUCAGAACAGGUGAUCAGCGUUGGGUUAAUCAACUCUGAGUAUGUUCACUCUGGGUUGAGGGCGUGCCUGUUGACUAUGAAGAGCCAUCAUCAAUGGAUCUCUGAUAACAUGAUCAAACAUGGACCAAAAGCGUAGAUCCACUUACUUUUCCCCCACGGAAUUGAAAAUUCUAAUGAACGUGUAUGCCGAGCUUGGCAGGAAAUAGCUGAACAAGUCAAUGCGUGAGUCAAAUAAAUUAGUAAAAUAAAAUAAAAUAAGAGGAAAGUUUAAUAUCUUCCACUUAUUCAAUAUGUAAAUUGUGUGUGUGUGUGUGUGUGUGUGUGUGUGUGUGUGUGUGUGUGUGUGUGUGUGUGUGUGUGUGUGUGUGUGUGUGUGUGUGUGUGUGUGUGUGUGUGUGUGUGUGUGUGUGUGUGUGUGUGUGUGUGUGUGUGUGUGUGUGUGUCAAUUUACGCAACCCCGAGUUGCCCCACGAGGACUUGGCAGCAAAUGAAGUACAAAAAUAUAGUUUAAACAGGUAAACUAA